AAAAAAAUUAGUCAGCAGUUGAGGUGGGGGAAACGAGAAUUGAGUGUUGAGUACUGACCCACACGGUUUCAUUAAGAUUAGUAAUUAACCAUUAAGCUUUAGCUAGAGAAGAGCCGAUCCACAGACACUACACGUGAUGAGAAACCACCAAGAGUUUAUACAACUUUUUUCGUUCUUCCAUUCUGGUUUGGCAUUUUCACUUUAUUUUUCUCUAUUCUAAAUCUCGUUCACAUUCUUUUUGUGAGUUCAUGAUUCUGUAUUCUGUAUAAUUCAAAUCGGUCCAUCCACACACACUUUAUCAAACAAAACAAGAUACUUGUUGUUUUUAUCAAUGUCUUCAUAUUCGUAGAUAAUCUUACAACCACUCAUAAUAGAGAAUAUACAAAAUAAAAUCGAAGUAGAAAACGGCAACGUUCACAUGUUCAAUGUCAAUUGGACUCUAUUGUGAGCUCCCGCCGGAAAAAUAGAAGUUGAGGAACGAAGAAGUGUAGUAGUUAGAUUGCGAAAAGUGAGGUUAAAACGUCAGAAAAGAGUUGAACUUAGAGUCAUGACAAAAUAUAUUGCGUACGUCCAUGAAAUUGUGAAUUGCUCCACCCCAGGCUCUGAUAACGACAAUCAAUCUUUACGUUUCGAAGUACAACUUUUUAUUAAAUUACAAUUAAGGACCAAUAUACUACUUGACAAGUCGCAAAAUGAGCUCACGUAUCAAAAUAUAAUUGGAACAAAAAAAAAAGCAUGAGCCUAAGGAAUUAGUCUAUGGUUUAAGUAUUGGGCCGGCCCAUCCAGAAGCCUAUACAAGUUUUGGCCUAAUAAGAUUACAAAAGUUUGAAAGCAUGAGAUAUAUACGUUCCUCUUAUCCUUGCAUACAAGGUGGGAUCAAACCUCUUAACAUUUUUUCCGAAUAACAUCUUAUUUACUAGUAUUAAUAAUUAAUUUGAAAAGAUAUAAUUAUGUGGUGAUAUAGUAGCUGCAACUGGUCCUAUAUUGUCCAUUAGGCAAAAGAAAGCGGAUUCAAGAACCCGUUUAACCAAAACUUCUCGCUGACGGAUAUAAAAAGGUGGCAAAUCAUCCCGAAGGAAAAUAGUGUGAUUAUGAUUUGUGAGAGAAGUGUUGUUUGUGAGAGUGGUGGCUUUUGAAGACUUACCGGCUGAAGAUUUCAUGAGAAAAGAAGAUCCAUUUGUGGUUAGCAUGAAAUCGUAAACGAAAUCCAAGACAAGGGAAAAGCAGAUCUACUUCCGGUUUGGAACGAGACAUUUGAUUUUGUGGUGGAAGAUGUUUUGCAUUCUCUAUUGAUUCUUGACAUAUGGGCAGGGGCGGUCCUGUACUAACUGAGGCCACAAGCAAAAAAAAAAUGGAGGCUCAUACAUAAACAUACAAAUUUUGAAAUGAGAAGAAAUUCAAAUUUUGGUGGUCAAAACUAAUAUUUUUUUCUAUUAGCUCCCAUCGAAAUGACGAUAUUUUUGUUAGGACAAGUUUCUAACUUCAUUCGGCAACCUUUUUCUGUACCAUAAAACUUUAAAAAUAUUUAAUAAAUAUUUUUUUUUAAAUGGGAGCUCAGAAGAUUUGGGGGUCCAAAACAUGUGUUUCAACUCGCUGUGUUCAGUGACUCCCCUGGGACGAUGACAGUUUGGCAAGGUAAGAUAAAUGUUAAUUAAACUAAUUAACAUAGUUUAUGUAUGAGUCUGCAAAUAUAAAAUAGGGAGAGUGAUAAUGACAUUUGACUGUUGGAAUAAUCUUGUCUCAUUUGGCUAAGAAUGAAGAGGAACAAUUGAGGAAGAUGAUUAAGAAUCUAGGGGUUGAAAUGGUGGAGCCAACCUGCGUAAAAAGAAAAAGAGUUUUAUUAGUCACGUGUGAUACAUACACAUGAUCAAUGAAAUUAAAAGGAAAUCAUCUUAUUAAAUAAGAAUAGGAAAUAACUGAAUUAGCAUUUUUAUAAUAGUAAUUUUCCUUAUAUUUUUGCUAAAGGUUUUGCUAUAUAUAUUGAAGAGACACAGAUUCGUCUUUCUUACUGUUAGGUCUGAAACACAAAAGUUGUUAUCAUGUUCUCGGAGAUGUCUGUGUACGGCAGUUACUCUAACGGAGACGGCUUCUUCGGAUCCAACGGUGGUCACGACGGUCCUAUCUUGCCACCGCCGUCGGAGAUGGAGUCUGAUGAGGGAACUGCUCUCAGAGAAUGGAGAAGACAGAAUGCAAUUCAACUUGAGGAGAAGGAGAAGAGAGAAAAGGAGUUGUGGAACCAAAUAAUUGAGCAAGCUAAUCAAUUCAAAGAGGAGUUUCAUAAGAAGAGAGAGCUAACUUGUGAAAAUAACAAAGCAGCUAACAGGGAGAAAGAAAAGAUGUACGUGGAGACCCAGGAGAAGUUGUACGCGGAAGCCAGCAAGAACUACUGGAAGGCAAUAGCAGAGCUAGUUCCUAAAGAGGUUCCAACUAUAGAGAUGGAGUCUGGUCCCAAGAAGGCUUCAAUCUCUGUGAUUCAAGGUCCAAAGCCUAGCAAGCCAACCCAUCUCUCAAGAAUGAGACAGAUAUUGCUGAAGCUCAAACAGCACCCAAAGAAUGUUCAAACCAAGCCCACCGAGGCUGUUGUUGCUGCUUAAUAAGCCAUCUUUGCUUUUCAUACUUGUGUGUUAUAUAUACAGCUGAGAUAUUAUUGUAAGGGCACAUAUGUGUGUGUUGUUAUUAACAUAGUUGUGUCAUGUUGGAUGAUACUUGAUAGCAUUCAUGUUUGAACUCAAAUCAGAAAUCAUUAAGAAGUGGUUAAAUAAAAAAAUUAAAGAAAAGCAUACACUUAUUUUGUUAAUAUAUUGUAAAUUUUGACUGAAUUGAGAGAUACUCGUGUAGAUUGCGUUUUUGGCCUUUUAGGGAUUUUUCAA